GUGUUCGGGCGGUAAUCAAACGUCUCUAGCUAUAGAGUCUUAACGCUCGCAUGGCCGUUUUUAGGUAACUUCGUCGAUCCUCCUAGGCCCAUCCAUCUUCUACAUAUACACCAGGAUUCCAGCUGUUCUUUCGCGGGACCUCCGACUACCUGUGAACCCAGGCGGAACACACAUAAUGGGAAAAAACACAAAGGCGCCAUACAAUAAUGAUAAUCAUAUGGGGGAUACAGAAGAUCUAAUUGGAUCAGACGAUAGUGAAUGGUUCGAAGAACUCACGCAGAAUCUUGUGCAGUCUCCCGUCCCCACUCCGAGGAAACCAAAAAUGAAGAAAACCAGUCCUGAAUCGGUCCCAACUAUCACGACCAAGAAGAUUCCAACUGCCAUCGAUUUGCAUACUCAAUGGGGACCAUCCAGUCCUUUCAAAAUUUCUGACCAUACUUCAACCAGAUUUCCUAUCAAUGCUCCUCGCGCUCCGACAGUGCCCAACCUCACUUGGAUAUCAGAUGAGGAAGAUGCAGGGGAUACCGCCACCGAUAGCAGCUCAUCCUCGAUUUUCGAUCAAUACUCCGGACUAUCGCGGCAGAAUACUACGAGCUCGAUUUCAUCAUUUACACCGGAGUCCUUUACCAAACCGAAUUCUGUGCGCCCGUCGGAUACAGGUUCUCUUUCUCUUCGGGCACAUGCAGUCCCUCAGCCCAUUAUUUUCGACAAUCCGAACUCUGCAAUCUCGCCUUCUGAUGAUGAUUCUCUCGCGAGCUCUCCUACCCUAUUCUCGCACAGCGCGCCUUUCCCCUCUGCUCUAUCUCCUCCACCCACCCCGUCGGACUCUUUAUCAGGAUCGUUUCCUCCCAUUCUCCAGAAUAUUCGCAAGCCAUUCAUUAUCGCACAUGAUAAAGAAACUCAGAAGCUAUUCGACAAUCCCGAUGGGUUAGUACCCUGGGGAGCUCAAUACGAACUGGCUAGAGGCGUAAUACUGAGAGAGUGGACUUGGGAGGAUGUUCGAGAGAAGAUUCACAAUUUUACCGGAAAAUCAGACGCAGAUACGAUGCAUUCGGUAUGCUAUAUCAUGAAAGAUGUGACAUUACCAAAAUUGCUAAAGACCGACAUUGGACAAGAAAGCGAUCGCGAACAACUCGCGAUAUUAGAGAAUCGAGAGCGUGGUUUAGGGUUGAUGGGUCAUUUUCAAGGCGCUGACCACUGGUUUGGCGGGCAAAUUCAACAAAUUGCGACUCUCAGAAAGACAGCACGGUGCACGCUAAGACUGCAACUUGAACCCCUGGAGAUGCGUCGGUCGACUAGAUUGGCUCGCCAAUUUGGUUCCAGGCGCGUGUUGCAAGUUCGGAUUCCGGAGGACUUGCUUCGAGGUGAAGCAAGGCGAGAAACGAUCAAGUUCCUAAGCAACAAGUUCAUCUUGAAUGGCCGAGUCUUCGCUCCAACCCCACCGAAGGAAGGUGCUGUCUAUUUCAUUGAAAUCAAUGAAGACUAUGAACGGACACCUGUCGACAAAUUUGGUGAUCAGUACCGGAAAUCAUUGAGAGAAGUACUCGAUUGGCAUAAUCCAAUGACAUUAAACUCCCAGCAGCCGUUGUCAAAAUAUGCAGCAAGAGCAGCGUUAGCCUUAUCGAACUCAGUACCCGCUCUUCUCUUUGAAGCCGAAAAUAUUCAUUUCAUUGACGAUAUAAUUGCAUCGGAUUGUACGGAACGAAAACCACCGGCGCACAAGGUCCUGACUGAUGGAUGUGGCUUCAUGAACGAGGCUGCACUGAAAGCAAUUGCCACAGCGCUCAAUUAUUCUAGUCGUCCUACUGCUGUUCAAGGCCGGAUUGCCGGCUCAAAGGGUCUAUGGACUAUUUCCCCUGAUCAAGUAGCAAAUGCAAGUGACAUUCCGCAAAUCUGGAUACGUGACUCCCAACGCAAAAUCGUGUAUCCGCAUUUCAACUCCUUCAGUAGGCACUAUGUGAUGCUCGAUAGAGUACAUCGAACUUUUGACCUUUGUCAUGCCGCGCUACCCUCUCUUUCUACUGUGGGGCCGAUGGUCUCUCUCAAGAAACAGAGUGUGCUAAAUUUGUGGGCAAAUGGAGUACCGAUUGAGAUCUUCAGAGAGCUUAUGGAAAAGGGUUUGCAAGAUAUGAUUCAGCCGUUGAUCCAAUGGGAAGGACAGUUUGCCAUGCCGGCGUUGUGGGACGCAAUCAACAAGGCUGGCAAAGUCUCGCACGUCAGGACUACGAGACUUGGCGCUGGUAUGGCUCGGGCUUUAGGACUUGCAGGGAGGGAAUACAAAAAAGAAGGGUCUACCCAAGGCGAAGCGGAUGCAUCAAUCUUUUCCUCCACUGUAUCUGGGAGGAACGAGAUCUCGGGUGCUCCUGCCACAUUACAUGAGGUUGCAAUUGAACUCGUUCAGGCAGGAUUCCACCCUGCGAAAGAUGCAUUACUUUGGUCCACACUGGAAAGUGUGUUACGGGUCACUGUCCAAGGGGCCAUCGAUAAAUGCAACAUCCCCCUGCCAGAGGGGUCUGCUGCAACAGCGUUUGUUAUCCCAGAUCCUCUCGGUAUCCUGAAUGAGAAUGAGAUUUACUAUAGGUCGUCGACCCCUAUGAGAGAUCCUAACACCCAAACACUGUUUCAUGUAAUUACCGGCGAAAUGCUGAUCUUCAGGUAUCCACUCCGUGUCACCUCGGACACGCAAAAGGUCAUUGCGGUCGACAAGCCUGAGCUUGCCCCAUGGUCAGAUGUUUUCAUUGUUCCUAUAAAACCCUCCCAGUCAGGCCAGGGGCUUGUAAGCAUGAUGAGUAAAUGUUCAGGCGGAGAUCAGGAUGGUGAUGACCUGUGCGGAAUUUGGCUGGAUCGUCUGGUGAAGCCGUUCAAGGUUUCCCCGCUUGUGCUCGAGCCGCGGGAUAUUUCGGCCAAUUUUGAAGACAAAGUAGAGAAGGUUGACGACUUUUUGAACCGAAUCAAGACUGUUCCAGAUGUUGAAAGCAGUUUGAUUUCUGUUUUCUUGCAAGGCUUGACAGACUCUAACGUUGGGUUGUAUGACGAGUUUCAUGACAAGGCUGUUCGUCAUGAUGGGUAUGAGUCUAUGGAAGCUGUGAGACUUGCAUUUCUGUUCAACCAUUUACUUGACGCUCCGAAAACGGGCGCGGUUCUUCGCGCCGCUGUUUCGACAGAGGAUAGAUCGCAAAAUCAGAAGUAUAAAAAGUCUUUGGAGCAUCGGGCCCAGACGGGCUCGCAGGAAUCUUUCAUUUUUGAUGAGCUUGAAGCUUUUGGUCGCGAACUUUUGGAGGCCACUAUGGCGGAAUUCAUGCAACUCCCAGCGUCGUCAUCUGAGAAAUCCGACGUACUUCUUGAGCCUUAUAGAAUGGCACAGAGACUCUGCAAAGUCGGCUGUAUUCCUAUGGAUGCUGCCACGAAGAUCGCGGAAACUGUCGGGACUUCAGAACUAGGUGCCAAGAAUGUGACGCAAAUUCUCCUGGAGGCACGGCGCUUGGACUUGGACUUGAUUGAGAAACAUGUUGAUCGAGCGUUUCACAAAUUUUGCUCUAUCGCUGGCACAACCAAAGAUUUCGACGACGAGAAGAAGAAGAAAAAGGGGAAAUCUUCUCAAUCUGACGUGAUGGCUCCUGCAAUUGCACUAUUUGCCCAAGAGAUACAUGGACUUACAAACACACUUCCAAAUAUUGAUCAAGUCAAAGCUUCAUACGCCUACAGUAAAGGAAAGACGGUCAAUUUUGGGAAAACCGUGGCGUUCCGCACGUUGUGCGAAAUUCAAGUCGCUGCUUCUAGCGAGGGCGGCGCGCCAUGCCUCAGGUUAUUAGAUCAGGUUAAAUCCAUUUCUGGGGGAGCGCGACGUUUGUUCCAGCAGUAAACAAUUUCAAAAGAUGUACUUGUCCUAUAUACCCCUAUAUACCCUCUAUCUGGAGUUCUAAUAUCUUGCAUAACUUGUUCCUAUGACUUUAGGAUCUUUCAAUAAUGUACUGUACUAUGUAGUUGUGAAUGGUGUAAAAUACUUGUAAACCUUGGAGCAGUUACGAAUUAUACCACGUCUCAAAC